AGUGGUCUCCUAUGAUAAUGCUACGGAAAGCUGUGUGUGGGGCUAAAUUUGCUAUUAAAAGCUUCUGUCUACUUUCUGGUUUACUUGAGCUGCGAAAAGGCACCUUCAACUGGUGGUUUAGGAUGGCCUAAUAUGGUUUCUGUACUCCCUGAAGAUCUUUAUGGACCAAUUUUGGACACAUCAACAAAGGCUACUUCAAUGUCUUAUUGGGCGACUUGCUCUUUGCACUUUACUUCACUUCAGCCACAUUUUAUUAUGUGUACAGGCACAGAAUUGUGAGAUCUUUUGGCCUGAGGGACCCCCUCUGUUUCCAGCAACACAACCCUUUUAUCCACCACCUUUAGUAGUGUCAAGUUCGUUGUUUUCUGUCCAUCAAUUGCUUUGGUUUUGUAGGAAGAACUAAUCAAUGAUCUGAUUCCAUUCUUCGAUGAAGGCUAAACAAAUUAUGAUAGAAUAAUCCUUUAAUGUUGAAUAAAUAAUUUAAUUUCGAAUUGAAUCUUAUAUAGGUAUAAUUAUUCUAUAGAAUUAUUAUUUCACAAUUUUGAUUUUUAUUCAAAUUUUAAAUACAUAAUAAUUGUGAAAAAUACAAAAUUUAUAAAAUAUAAAUUUUAUUUUAUUUUAUUCUAUUAUUUUUCGUGAACGGAAUGAAGUGUACCCUCUGCAAAUUGGACUUGUGGUGUUGAUUGUAAUAGUCAUUGAACGGAAUGAAGUGUACCCGCCGCAAAUUAGACUUGUGGUGUUGAUUGUAAUGAUCAUUCUUAAUAACCCAAUUCACAAACAUUUGGCAUCAUCCCUUGUUUUUGUAAAUUACCCAUUCCACUGGAAUUUGACUCAAAUUUACGACACAUUUUGCUAUGAAAAUUUUCAUAUAUACAACAAAGCACCGUCUUUUUUGUUCUUCGCUGUACAUCUUUGUUGGGUGUACAAAUACUGCUCCUAAAAAAUGAUACAUUUGUACACAUCUUGCCUCUUGGCCGAUUUUAUUCCUCAGUAGAAAGGACAAAUGAAGAGAAUACAUACCUUAUUCAUUUAUUAACCUCAAAAAUAUCUUAGGAAUAGGGAUUUCCAAUUUUUUCUUUCUUUUCAAAAAUUGGGAGAGUACCCAACCUCUAAUUUUCAGACUCAUUUUCAUCGGUCCCUAUAUCAGCAAUGAAGACGUAUCCUGCCAAGUAAACACUUAUCGUCCUACUUGGCAAUCAUUGCACUACAGCCCCAAAUGAGAUAUCAUGGCUAAGGAUUUACAAUUAUAAAUGUUGUGAAAUAGAGCAAUGUGUUUGCGUUGAAUACAGCCUCACUGAGCUCAAGGGAAAGAAGACAUACCCCAAAGCCUUAAUACUCCUACAGAGAUGGCCUCUGCUUCUCUCCUUAAAACCUCACCUGUUCUAGACAAGUCAGAGUGCAAGGGUCAGGCUAUUCGCCAACCUUCUGCCUUUAUGGUUAGGUGUCACCCUGUCGCGUCGUCUGCCCUCUGCGUCCGUUCUAGCUCAUAUGCUGAUGAGCUAGUCAAGACUGCGAAAACUAUUGCAUCUCCAGGCCGUGGAGUCUUGGCCAUGGAUGAGUCAAAUGCCACUUGUGGUAAGCGCUUGGCCUCAGUUGCCAACACUGAGGCUAACCGCCAGGCGUAUAGGACCCUGCUUGUUACUGCCCCUGGCCUUGGCCAAUGUGUUUCUAGUGCUAUUCUCUUUGAGGAGACUCUCUACCAAUCUACCACCGAUGGAAAGAAGAUGGUUGAUGUGCUUGUCGAGCAAAACAUUGUUCCAGGCAUAAAGGUUGACAAGGUUAAGGUACUCUAUUCAAUGUGCAUUUUGUAUGUGAUUGUGGUUUGAUAGUUUGCUAGGAUACUGAGAGAUGGAUGAUGAACGGGUACUACCGGGUCUGGUUCCUCUGGUUGGUUCCAAUGAUGAAUCUUGGUGCCAAGGUCUUGAUGGCCUUGCCUCCCGCUCUGCUGCAUACUACCAAUAGGGUGCUCGUUUUGCCAAAUGGUAAUUCAUUCUUAUCCUGCUGCAAACUACUUAGUUGAAUUUCUUCUAUUUCUAUUUAUAUUUAUAAGAUCCAGUGGCAUGUGUUUGUGUUUAUAUUUAUACAUGUUGAUGGGUUUUAAUCAUGAUUGCCACUAAGUGAAAUUUUGUGAGGACAUAAAAGUCGUACUGUGGUGAGCAUUCCCAAUGGCGCCCAUCUGCAUUUGCAGUGAAGGAAGCAGCCUGGGGUCUAGCUCGCUACGCUUCCAUUUCUCAGGUAAACACAACAUAAAAUCAACUGCCGUCUGAUUUAUCAACUUUGGCAAAUACACAGGCGAGGGAGAGUCAGAAGAAGCCAAGAAACGAAGGUUUGUUAAGGGUUAUGUUUAUUGGGCCGUUAGAACCAGUGGGUAGAAGAAAUGAUGUUGAUGAGGAUAGUUAUCAUCAAGAAGGAAAAACCAUUUUCUAUUCUUGUAGCCCAUGGAGACUCCUUUUGUUUAUAGCACGUUCAUGGUUUUGAGGAUGCGUGUGCAGAUUACCUUUGCAAUGUAAUUGUUACCUGGGAAUUCAUCUUGGCACCUAAAAAUUGCAAUGUUUGAAAUGUGCAGUUCUAAAUGUUUUUGGAA